AUAAAACGAUUAUUUGUGAAAAUCAAACUAACUUUAAAACACUAUAAUUGAGUCAUUGCCUCAAACAUUACAAGAUUGUCAUUGAGUGAAGUGGUGAUCAGAAAUGAGUGAUAAGUUGUCUGAAGCCAAUGAGUGCUACAAUAAGGCCGACAAAUAUCUUAAGACAGGUCUUCUCAAAUGGAAACCCGAUUUCGAUUUGGCCGCCAAUGAGUACUCACGAGCGGCCACGUGUUUUAAGUCACUGCAAAUGGCAGACAAGUGUCUGGACGCACACCUGAAGGCUGCCGACUGUUAUCUCAAAAAC